AUGUUAAGAUUGAGCAGGCCAUUUCGUUUGGUUUCGCCAACUGUUUUAUCACGAGUCAGAUGUUAUGCACAAGCUUCUCCAUUAGGUGUGGAUCACAGUAUCGAGAAUAAUUUACAAACAGAGACUAAUAGAUUGUCCAAGACUUUGACUAAGUUUUGGGAACAAGUGAGUUUAGAAGAAACCCCCGAAAAUGUUACCAUUAAAUUGGAUUCUAAGCCUUUGCGUACUCCUUUGGGGAACCCUUUAACUUUACCACAAUCUCGUAAGCUUUUAUCGGUUAUGGUUCUCAAUGAAUGGAGUAAUCUUCCUAGUUUAUCUGUCAAGCCUUAUGUUUUACCUUUAACCUCUUUAGUUUCCCGUUGCAUUGAUUUGGAAAAGGCCAAUGAGGACGGUGUAGACCCAGAACUUGUUGCGAAGAUAGGUGGGAACAGAGAAAAGUUAACUGAAGGUCUUUUGAGAUAUUUAGAUACUGAUACUCUAUUAGUGUUUUCUCCAGCAAAUGAAUACGAAGGUGCGCUAAGAAAGGCUCAAGAUGAAUUGUAUCUACCGAUAAUUUCCGGUGUCGAAAAGUUCCUAUCUCAAAUAAAUAAAGAUAAGAAAGAAGUCAAAUUACAAAUAUUGGACGCUGAUUUACAUGGAUUGAGAGGUAACGCCCAAAGUGGAGAGACCAGAGAAGUAGCUAAACAGUAUUUGGAUUCUUUAUCUGUUUGGGAUUUAGCCAUUUUCGAGAAGACUGUCCUAACAACAAAAUCCUUUAUUUGCGGUCUAUUAUUGCUAUUGAAUAAAUCGGCAACUGUCACAAAUAUUCCUGAGUUACAAGUUUCCAUGGAAGAUAUUGCAAGAGCAGCUACCCUCGAGACUAUUUACCAAGUUGAAAGAUGGGGUGAAGUUGAAGAUACCCAUGAUGUCGAUAAACGUGAUGUAAGAAGAAACAUCCAUGCAGCUGCGAUUGUUGCAUUCGGCCCACCAACCUCGUCGAAAUAG